AACCCGGGGAAGCUUUAGGGGAAUGAGCCGCUGGACUCCUCAGCCAGUCUGCCCUUUCCAGUCAAUGAAAAAGACAUAGGGUUUGAGGUUCCUUCCGAAACGGGGCAGGCUAAUUUAGCUCCUCCCACGAGCCCGAGGGUCUGUUAUAUCUCUGUUCCUUGAGUACCUCUCUCACUAAGACCGACCACAGCAAGCAGAGGCUGAAAAAUAAAGAGCAAAAGAGGAAGAAAACAAAAGCUGCCAAUUAUGGAAGAUAGAAGGGAGUCUGAACUGAAGAGAUUUUGCUCUAGAAACAUACUGAGCAUCCUUGGCUUCUCUUCUAUCAUCGCUGUGAUAGCAUUGCUUGCUCUGGGGCUGGUCCAGAACAAACCAUUGCCAGAAAAUGUCAAGUUUGGGAUUGUGCUGGAUGCGGGCUCUUCUCACACGAGUUUGUACAUCUAUCAAUGGCCAGCAGAAAAGGAGAAUGACACAGGGAUGGUGAGUCAGGUAGAAGAGUGCAAGGUACAAGGUCCCGGAAUUGCAAACCAUGCUCAAAAAUUAAGUGAAAUAGAUGUUUAUCUGGCUGCAUGCAUGGAAAGAGCCAAGGUAGUGAUUCCAGCACCCCAGCAUACAGAGACACCUGUUUACCUGGGAGCCACGGCAGGCAUGCGGUUGCUCAGGAUGAAGAAUGGAUAUUUGGCAAGCAAGAUUCUGGCUGUGGUGACAAGCAGCAUCAGCAACUACCCCUUUGACUUCCAGGGCGCCAGAAUCAUCACUGGCCAAGAGGAGGGCGCCUACGGCUGGAUCACUACCAACUAUCUGCUGGGCAGAUUCACUCAGAAAUCGAGUUGGUUUAACCUAAAGCCAACUGGAGGUGAACCUCAGGAAACCUAUGGAGCUUUAGACCUUGGGGGAGCCUCUACACAAAUCACUUUUGUGCCCAAAGACAAAACGAUGGAGUCACCAGACAACACACUGCACUUCCGCCUCUAUGGCAGGGACUACAGUGUAUACACACACAGCUUCUUGUGCUAUGGGAAGGAUCAAGCUCUUUUGCAGAAACUAGCCAAGGACGUUAGGAAUACAGAUGGAACCAUCAGUGACCCUUGCUUUCACCCUGGAUACCAGAGGAAAAUGGUUUUAGCUGAUCUGUACGAAAGUCCCUGCACCAGGAAAUUUGAGACGUUUCUUCAAUUCGAUGAAAUUAUAAUCCAAGGCACUGGGAAUUAUCAACAGUGCCAGCAAAGCAUCCUUCAACUCUUUAACACCAGUUACUGCCCUUACUCCCACUGUGCCUUCGAUGGGAUUUUCUUGCCACCAGUCCAAGGGGAUUUUGGGAAAAUAGAUCAGCAUGUGAGGAAAGAAGUUCAACUCCCCUCUCAGACCCAGUGGAACAGUUUCUUCCAAGGUCUCCUGGCCCAGCCCAUUGUCACAGAAAGAGCUUCCUGGAGAGAGCACAGGCCCUGUAGUAAUCAGGCCUGGCUUAAACUCUGGCUUUGCCACUUGUGAACUAUCUGGAGCUCUUCACUCCCUUGGUCUCUGGGAAGACAACAGUGGGUAGAAUCAUGGAUCCUGGCUUACAUCAACCAUGGCCCAGACUGCAGUUCCCCCUCCCCUCCAGUUUCCUGAGGGAAAUACAUGACUGCACAAUGACUGGCAGAAUAAUGCUUCAUCAUUAGUUGGCUCCAAAUUCAAAUUCACAACAAACCUGACUCUCGCCUGGAUGCCCUAUAGCUGAACUGGCAUUGGCUGCCCAUCUUGGGCUUUUUUGGGGCCAGACUCCUUGCCUUUCAUCUGGCUGCUGGGAGAGAAAGUAGGGUGCCACAAAAGGGAGGGAGGUGGCCAGGGAUUCUGGAAACAGCCCAGGGCCCUUUCAAUUCCAGUCCUGCCAGGAAGUACAUCUGAACGAAAAGGAAUAUAUUAUUUUGUGUUGACAUUUUAACUUUUUUUAAACCUUUGCCUCCUGGAAGAUAGGGCCCAAUUCUUACCUUCUAGCUUGACAAACCCUUCUGACUUGGUGUGGUUGGGGGUGGUGGUGGUGGUGGUGGUGGUAGAAUUUCUUGCUUUUGAAUAUGAUUCCCCCAAUCAAGGUAGGAAGAUGUAGAGCUGGAAAAGGGUGGAGGCGCCUUGAGCUCCCCCUCUGGUGGCUUUUCUUUUUGGUCCCAUAGUUCCUGGUUGAAAUUGUCCUCACAGCCUUCUGAACCUCAGUUUGGCAGUCUCCUUACAUUAGCUCAUUGCCUUCUUCUGUUGUGGAAAAAUGUGUUACAGCUUGGUGUUACAGCUCAGUUGUGACAAAAACCUGGAUUCGGGCAAGAGACCAAGUAGCACUCGGAGAGUUGGAGAACUCAGGUUUAUUACGCCAGCGGGCCCAGAGGAGUUAACACUCCAAGCUCUGGACCCCGUCUGUAAGUUUACACAGGCCUUUAUAGGCUGCCAGUUUUACACUUUCCAACAUCAUAUGCAAAUAAAGUAUAACAGAAGUUGACCAACCAGGAACAGCUUUGUAGAAAUAGACCAAUCAGGAGUGAGAGAAGUAACCAAUCAGGAGUGAAGGAAAUAACCAAUCAGAAGUGAGCUGAGGGAACCAAUAGAAUUUUAGGGGUAAGUAAGCCGUUUCAGAGGCAAAAAGUGAGAUAGAGCCUCUGGGCCAGGGAACUGGAUGGAGCUGGCAUGAGAGUAGUGGCCCUGCUUGGGGGCCCUGCCAGUUUUUUUAUGGGGCUUCCCGCCUCAACUCUAAACAGGAUCUUUCUUCUCUGAAUAUAGUCCUUGAGUCAGCACUAUACCAUUACCUAUUCCUGCUUUGGCAGUUUCUUUCUUUUCCAAAUUUUUUUGGUCCCCUCAGUAAUUUCUCCCUAAAGCCUAAAGAUCUUUUUUUGGUGGGGGGGGGUUCUAUUUCCUCAUUUAUAAAAUGAGGACAGACAUACUUAUCUCAUUGCUAGUUGUGAGUGAUAAGCCAGACAAGCAGUGGUGGACUGGUAAAUGUCUCACAAUCAGCUCUCUGACUGGAGGGGCUGAUUUGUGGCAGUUGCUAAUUUGUAUGGUAUGAGUACUCCCCCAUGGCCUAUUUUAUGCUACCAUCACUGGCUCACAAAACUCCUGAAGUUUUAGCAACUAGCUCUUAUGAGUGGGUGUGGGAGCCCAUGACUGGGUUAACAAAUUGUAACAGACCCCAGCCGCCUGUCACCUUUAAGAAGAACAAAUGUGUUUAGUAACUGCUUUGCAAGCAGGUGCCUGUGCAUCCGCACUCCUGUCUCCUUGCCAUAAAAAGCUGAGACAAUGCCUUGCUUGCAUAGUUGAGGUUUUAGAUAGCACUCUGCUCAUUUCUAAGCAACGACCCAGGCCCUCAGCUAUAAACUACUGGGCGUGCCUGCUGUUAGAUAGUCUGCUACCCCCAAAACAAGGAACUGGCUGAUCUGGUGGUCUGCCUUGUAAUUAACAUAUCUAAAGAAUGUAUCUUGUUCCCCCUCUCCCCAUGACUACCCUAAAGAGAUAAACUAAGCCUUUAUACUCAUUGUGGAUUCUGCAAUCUCUAUCUCAUCCUGUCUUUCCCUAAGUUCCUGCAUACUAUCACACAACUGUUAAUGACUUUUUCCUUUGAUUAUACACAAUUAAUGUGGGAGCAUUUGAGAGGCUCAUGGAGUUGGCUCCCGACUCUCUCUCGCUCUCUUGACUUUUUCCACAGAGUCUCGAGUAAUUCAUUCCGUCUCGGUGGGACUUCUGCCGUCCAGAACCCACAAGUGGGUAAGAGCCAGCUACAGCGUAUCACUGUAAAUAGCAAAAAGCUAACAUAUCCUAGCUCUUUAAAAGGUUAGUUCUUUCUUCUGACUAACAGUCCUCAUUCUAGGCAGUCACUCUUGCAGGAAGUUCCUGUUGCCAAUCUAGCAUCUUGAAGUGUAACUAUUUGCAACCCCAAAAUCCAGUUGCAUUCCCAUUGUUUCCAGGACCAGUUAGCCUGGUUAUUCUCAAGCCACAAGAAAUUUAUGGGGAGGGAAUUUGCCACAAUUGCAUUCAGUACUGAUGAUCUAAUUCUUAAUCUGUAAAUAGAGUAUUAAAAACUGUCAAUACUCUUGUUGGUUUGGCUACACUGUGACUUUGGUUGCCAGACAGAAUCCAAUUUGUAGGCAAAUUAGAAACACUGAAAACGAAGAGGGAACAUCUGUGGGGAAUUACUACAAGGUAAUUUAGGAAUGUUUUAAAGAUCACAUUGUAUCACUUAUAUAAACAAUAAAGGGUAUAAAUAAAUUCAAUAGAACUGUGAUGAAAGAAC